AUGUUAAGGGGCAAAAUCCAAGAAUGGGGACUUGGAAAGAAGAACACUCAUCCUGAGAUGAUCACUGCAGUUAAGAUUGUGGCAGACGCCGGGCUUUUGCAUUCCUUCUCCACCGAUCCGCAACUCCGCAUACGGGGUCGCCUCGUGCCCUUCUCUGAAGUCAGGCGAUAUUUUCAUCGCAAACAUAUCCACGAUCUGGGUGAGAUGAUAAAAGGCCCUACGUUUGAGAACUAUCAACCCUCACCCAAUGUGAUGCUCGUACAUCAAAACAAUGUUGUUGACCUGAAUGAUGAAUUCCCGGGCUCUACCGCUACCAAGCUUCCAGACAAAAUUGAAGGCGACAAACGAAGUCCAGGUCUUGAAAUCAUCUCGAGACCGCUACCAGACUUCAAGAUAGCGCAAGUUAUGAAUAAACUUCCACGGAGUCCCUCACCCCCAACACAAUUUGCUAGACUCGAGGAUAUGCUGAGGCACAUCGACUCAUACUGCCUCAACUACCUAGAAGCGACACAAGAGCCUGUAAAUGAUGAACCACAAGUCCAUAUGCUGACAACUCAUGGAAGAUUUGCCAGCAAAAUUCAGGACACCAUCUUUCAUAUCCAGUAUGGAGAUACUCGUUCAGGGUUCACUAGCUUCGAUACAGCACUCAGCCUGUUAUCUGGUUUUCUCGAGGAAGUCAGUCCACCAGCAAUUGCUCAAGGUUUCGCGGUGAUUUGCGAAUUGGAAGUUGCUGCACAAGCAUCAGCAUCGCGACAUCCAAGCCAGGAGAUAGCUCCAUUACGGGACUUGCAUAGAAUACUUCUAAGACACCUUUCGCAGCUCUCAAUGGUCAAAUUGGGUCAUAUACAUCCACUCACAAUGAUAUUGCGUGAGCUUCGCAGCGCAGAUUCCUGCACAGACGACCUUGUGCGUAUCAUGCACAAGAUGAUAGGCUGUUUCACACAGGCAUAUGUGGAACCAUCUUGGAAACAGUUAUAUCUCAGAGAACGAUAUUGCGAUUGCCUGUUUUAUGCCAACAUCACUGGAGAGCGACAGAGCAUCCGCCAAGACUUACUCGUUGAUCAAGAAGCUCUCUACGGGAAGAACAAAAGCAACGUCGUGUGGACUCUCACCAACGUUGCUGACGACUUCUUGGAGAGCCAUCAGGUUCAGCGGGCUGAGGCUUAUUUCAUGGAGGCAAUUAGCCGAGCUGAUAGACUCGGUGGCUUCGCCAAAGCAAAAAAUCGGUUUGCGGCGCUCGAGGGCCUGGCCAAAGUUGCUCUCGUGAGGCUUCACCUGGAGGAAGCGACACAGACGUGGGCUCGUAGUCGUACGGGGAUGUUGCUAGGGCACUCGCUGGGCCCCAUGGCCAAACGUCAAAGACUCAACGAAGCGGUGGCCUUCCUGGAACAGGCUGCGACAGAAGCUGAAUUAUUUUUUGAACCGUCCGGUCGACGAUUGGCUCGGGUUCGGCGAUUGCGUCAAGACAUUUUGAGCCAGAUAUCUCAGAUUGAUGAAGCAUUUCCCCCGGAAGCCGCAUGA